AGGAUAUUAGACUUGGCGUGGCUAUGGGGGGGGGGGAGGGUCAAAAGACUGCUGUCAGGCACUGCAUACGAGCGGGGAUUUACUCGGUGGUGGGUUCAUACUACCUAGGUAGUCUUGAUCAGCAGAUCUGCCCGUCGCCCUGUGGGUAUUACUCAACAGUUCUGCAUCGUUUACUUUGAGCUCAUCUCCAGGGGGGACGGCCCUAAGUGGUGCAGGUUGACACCGCAUAUGCAGGGAGGGCGCGGGAGGAGAAAGAAGCGUGAAACAUCGUGGUCUAGGUCUACCAACUCCCUUCACCCCAUCUGUGUUGGCGUUAUCUUUGCGGGGGUUGGCGCAAGAUCGCGAGACCCUGGUAUUCGUGCCCAGACCUCCCUUGAUUGGUCCAGCCGACCAGUUCUCCGGGGUUUAAGUACUUUGCCGUAGGAAUCCAGGGGGUUUGGACGAGCUUCAACUCCUUCUCUUCUUUCCCUUCCUCUUGUCGUCCAUCAACGUCCUAAUCACCCUAGGAGAGAUGGAGUAUGAGAAAGGCGAGCUUCCUCCUUACAGCGCCGUGGCUACGGCCGGUCCGGACUGGCGCAGGCGCUGGUCUGUACGGCGUUCUCGCGGCGCCAAGUUCUUUGUCCUGGCCUGCCUCCUCUUCAUUGUUUACGCGCAGUGGAGACAGAUUGAAUCGCAUCCGAAACGGAGCCCAAUAAUACCCAAGCUAUCUAUCGAAAGAUUGACCGAAGGCCUGCGGACGUGCUACCAACUGCGGUCUAAGCCACAAGACCCUAUCGGCUGGGGUCGCGAGCGGAAUGCCCGCUACGUCGAUGGCCACAAGCCUACUCUCAUCAAGAACGCUGCUGUCUGGGUGGGCGAGCCCGCCGAAGGGACCAGCGCCGAGGAUGCACGUGCUGGCAAAGGCUACUCGUGGAUUCAUGCCGACGUUUUUCUAGAAUACGGCCUGAUCAAAGAAGUCCGAAAGGGCAUAGAUGCUGCCUCGCUUCCUUCCGAUACUAUCGUAUGGGACGCCAAGGGCCGGCAGCUUACCACUGGUAUCAUCGACAUGCACACUCAUGCCGGCGUCGACAGCUUGCCGGAACUCAAUGGGAAUGACGACACGAAUGAACUAGGGUCGAACAUCACCCCAUUUGUGCGAUCAAUUGAUGGCAUAAACAUCUUCGAUCAUCAGAUUCAAGUCAUCAAAUCUGGAGGCGUGACAACAAGCUUGGUGCUUCCCGGCUCCGGCAAUAACAUCGGGGGCGAGGCCUUUGUCAUCAAGCAUGCCGUCGGGAAGGCCGACGGCCGCAACGAAACCUCGAUUGCUGAUCUCCUGGCGGAUCCCGAUCGCACCUGGCGAUACAUCAAGAUGGCCUGCGGCGAGAACCCGAAGCGCGUCUACGGCAGGGCGGGCGAGCAAAGCCCCUUCAGUCGGCUCGGCGAGUCUUGGGAAUUCAGGCGCGCCUUUGAGCAGGCCGCUAAGCUGGUGCGCGCCCAGGACGACUGGUGCAGCGUGGCCGAGUCAGCCGGCGUCGAGGCGUUAGAUAGCUAUCUACCGCUGGACCUGGAGUGGGAGACGCUGGGUGCCGUUCUUCGCGGACAGGUUCAUGUGAACACUCACUGCUACACCGCGACCGAUCUGGAGGCAUUUGUGGAUCACACCAACGAGUUCAAGUUCGCAGUUCGGGCCUUUCAUCACGCGCACCAGACGUACCUCGUGCCCGAGGUCCUCAAGCGCGCCUGGGGCGACUCCCCGCCCGCUUCGGCCUUAUUCGCGGACAACAUGUGGUUCAAGGCCGAGGCCUAUAUAGGGUCCGAGUACGCCGGGAAGAUCCUUUACGAGAACGGCUUGACCCCUAUCUACGUCAGCGAUAACCCGGUACUGAACGCCCAGCACGUCGUCUUCGAGGCCGGAAAGGCAUUCGGGUAUGGCCUCCCGUACCAUGCAGCUCUCGCCUCGGUUACCACCGCGCCGGCUGAGCGCCUAGGUUUCGGGGAGCGUCUCGGCAAGGUCAAACCCGGGUUCGACGCCGACAUCGUCGUCUGGGAUAGUGACCCCUUGAGUGUCGGUGCUACGCCGGCCCAAGUCUGGAUCGAUGGGACCGCGCAGUUUGACAACCCGAUCGAGCUGGAUAAACCCAUCACCCCUGCUCCCAGCCCUAUCCCGGAGGCCCCCGAGGCUGCCGCAGAAGCCAUUACCGUAAGUGAAGUGAUAUUUACGGGAGUCUCGAAGUCCUUCUUGUCCUCCGAAGUCCGGCAGAGUGACGACAGCCAAGGCCUGACCGUCGUUAUCUCUGGCGGCAAGAUUACUUGUGUCGGAACCUGCGCGACCGAACUCGAGAGCGCAUCCAAGUCUGGCACCAGGGUUGUUGAGCUGCGCAACGGUUACCUGACGAGGCCAUUCACCGUAUUCGGCUCGCUGCUAGGCCUCAACGCGAUCGACGCGGAGUCGGACACCGACAACGGCGGCGGCCCCGAGAUAUUCAGCCGGGGCAUCGACGGGCUGGCCCUCGAUACUAAGAAGCUGCACUACGCGCUGCAGUACGGGGUGACGCGGGCCAUCUCGGCGCCUAAGUACAGCGAAGCGGGGACCCACCAAGGCACGAGCGUCGGGUUCCGCACGGGGGCGCGCCACGCCCUCGAGGCGGGCGGCGUGUUCGCCGACGACGUCGCCGUGCACUACACCCUCAACCUGAAAGCCAAGAGCGGCAGCACCUCCAUCUCGAACGCCGUCGGCUCGCUGCGGCGCAAACUCCUCGAGGUGGUCGGCGCCGCGGAGAGCGCCGCGGCCGACCCGUUCACCGAGGCCGCGUUCCUGCGCCGGGUCGUCGCGGGCGAGCUGGCGCUGGCGGUGACGGUGCACAGCGCGGACACGAUCGCGGCGCUGCUGCAGGUGAAGAAAGUCGUGGACGCGGCCAUCGCCGCGUCGCCCGCUUUCGGCGACAACGCCAGCGCCAGCGCCCGCGGCAUCUCGCUAGUCAUCAUCGGCGGCGCGGAGUCGCCGCUGCUGGCGGCGGAGCUGGCGGCGGCGGGGGUGGGCGUGGUGCUGAGCCCGCUGCUGUCGUACGGGACGUCGUGGGACCAGCAGCGGGCGCUGACAGGGGCGCCGCUGACGAACGGCACGGCGGUGGACCGGCUGGUGGCGGCCGGGGUGGGGGUGGCGAUCGGCGCCGAGGAGGACUGGGUGGUGCGCGACAUCGGGCUGCUCGCGGGCAUCGCGCACCGGAACAGCGGCGGGGCCAUCAGCGAGGCGGACGCACUCGACCUCGUCUCUGCCAACGUGUACGCGAUCCUGGGGCUCAAGGAGCCGGACGCGGCGGGAUCAGGCGAAGGAUCCCUCGCGCCGCGUGAGUUCGUCGUCUUCGAGGGCAGCCCGCUCGAGGUCGGGGCUCGGGUCCGGGCUGUGGGCUCGGGCGUGGGCGAGGAGGCUACGCUGUUUGUGUGAUGGGUCGAGGGUAGGCGCGUAUGUAUACUAGCAUUUGCGGGUAAUUUGUGUAAUUCCAUGGCACUAGGUACCUACCUCUAUGUCCGGUAUCAACUUGCCCCUCUUGAGGUUUGGUAUAAUAAUUAGCCCUCUUUAUAGGGAUAUAUCUCUAUGUACGGUCUGAGGACGAAGUUAUCCAACAGGUUCAGC